AUGUAUAAAAUAAAACCCGAAGAUUAUAAUACAGUUAGCAAUAAAAGGGAUAAAUUUAUUUUAGAGUCAUUAAAAUUGAUUACUAAUGAAAAAAGUUCAUACGAUCUGAUUGUUGAUCUGGGUUUCGGUGACGGAAGAGUUACCCGACUAUUGUCCCAAAAUGUUCCGCACAAACAACUGGUGGCCAUCGAUGUCGUACCCGAAAUGCUGACAUACGCUUUGGCUAACAAUACGGAUGACCCGACCAUUGAAUAUGUCUUACAAGAUAUGACAGUCUCGUGGCUUGAGUUGAGUCCACGGAUCAGACAAUUGGAGUCCAAAGUAGAUCUACUGUUCACUAGUUUUAUGUUACACUAUAUCAGAGAUAAGUAUCGACUAAUGGCUAUAAUUGGACGGUUGUUGACCAGCGGUGGACUGUUUUAUGCAAAUACUGUUAUUACUAAAGAUUUAAAUAAUAAAAAACUGAUGAACAGUACGGUUGAUGAACAACAACAACAACUGUUGUGUCCAUCAAUUGAUAAACAGAUGACUGUUUGGAAACAAUGUUUAGUCGACAAUGGAUUUCAAAUUAAAGAAUUUAAAUUAAUUACCGAUAAUAUAGUUAUGAAUCGUAAAGAGAUUAUCGACUUUAUGCCAAUAGUAGUUGAAGACUAUUUACACAACAGCGGCGGCGGCGGCGGCGGUUUGAUGGCCAGUAGUGACCACCACUUGUUGUGGAACAUUGUAUUUGACAACCAUUUUAGUCCACUGGACUCGGAGUCGGCGGCGACGGCAGCGGCUGAUGAGUCAGUGGCCAACCCUAACGCGUGGAAACAAUUUUUAGCCGACAAUACUGUCAGUGAAUUGAGUUUCAGUUAUCAUAGUUUACAAGUUAUGGCUUAUAAUAAACAAUAA